AUGUCGGGACUGGAGAAGGCGCUGUUCAACCUCAAAUUCACAGCCAAGCAACUCAACCGACAAGCCGCCAAAGCCAGCAAAGAUGAGCAGGUGGAAAAGGCCAAGCUGAAAAAGGCCAUUUCCGCCAACCACACCGACAUUGCCAAAAUCUACGCCGGCAACGCGAUCCGCAAGAAGAAUGAGAAUCUGCAACUCCUGACGCUCGCGUCGCGCAUCGAUGCCGUGGCCUCGCGCGUGCAGACGGCCGUUACGAUGCGGCAGGUGACGGGUAGCAUGGGCAACGUGGUCAAGGGCAUGGAUCAGGCGAUGAAGAGCAUGGAUCUCGAGAAGAUUUCGGCCGUGAUGAACAAAUUCGAGAGUCAAUUCGAGGAUCUGGAUGUCGCGACGGGAUAUUACGAGAAUGCCACGAGUUCGGCGACGGCGACGGGCACGCCGCAGGAGGAUGUGGAUCGCUUGAUGAAUCAGGUGGCCGAUGAGGCCGGAGUGGAAUUGUCGCAGGAAAUGGCAGGUGCCACGCCCGCCAAGGGAAUCCAGGCCCCGGCGGCGGUGGAGGAGGAUCGGGAGGAUAAGCUGGGCGAGCGAUUACGGGCGCUGCGGAGUUGA